CGGCGUGGCCCGAGACCGCAAACUGUGGUUCAGGUAUGUGUAGACUGGUAGGACGAAAAUUGGUGCCUGCUGCGAUCUGGAGCUAAUACAGCCGAUGGGCGAUACUAGUGAAUUGUGCGAGAACAUGCCGAACAGUAUCAAAAUGGAGACGCCCGAUGAUCUCGUACCAAUCACAUGCAAAGAGGAAGACCUACUGAACGAUAUCGACAUAGAUAUGGAAGAGCAGUUCAACAAGCAGCAAAUAGAGCUGCUUUCGGAUACCAGUCACAGCUCACCGGCCAGUGCUCAGCCCCUAACAACAGCGCGGUGUGAAGACAUGGAACAGCAGCGCAUUGUUUUGUCGCAUGCCCUCUCACUGUCACCGAGUGUGUUGAAGCAAAGAUCGGACAACAAGCCAGUGGAGUACCGAAUCAACCAGGACGUGCUGGUAAAACAUGCCGAUGGGCGUCUGUAUCUCGGCACGGUGAUCGGCAUAGCCGGCGGGCUGUGUCAGGUGCAGUACGACGACAGCACGGUCCAGUGGAUCAACAAAGAUGCGUUAAACAAGCUGGACAGUGAGGAUGCGGAAGUGAAAGAUACGGUUUGCACCAUCUGCAAUCAGCAUAAGAGUGCGGAACGAACCAGAAACUGUUGCAUUUGCCUUCGCGGCUUCCAUGCCAGCUGUUUGCCGUUUGACGAGCGGUUAAUAGUCAUACAGUCGGAACCAUGGUUCGCCGGAUGGCACUGCAAGGAGUGCCAUGAGAAGGACACGCUAAGGCAGCGCACGUCCGAUUGCUCGGAAGAGAACGAUACUCUGAGCGAACGAAUCCAGCUACAAUCUCGUGCGCCGAUUUGGCCCGAAGGGCUUGAGCCGCUCACCGAACGUAGCCAGCUGCCGUACCAUUUCGAGCGGCUAAGCUGGGAUUCGCUGCAUCGUGUUAAUACUGCCGGGCAAUACUGUUACUGUGGGACCUACGGUCUCUGGACGCGUGAAAUGAUCAUGUGUCGGCGCUGUAAGCAAUGGUUCCACAGCCGCUGCAUACGAAGCUUACAGUUUCCAGUGUUUCUCGGUGAUCCGUUUUAUUUUUUCCUGUGCUCAAUCUGCAACCAUGGGCACGAGUUCGUUCGGCGCGUGGAAAUCUCUUGGCGCGACCUGCUCCAUCUAGUCCUGUACAACUUAAUCAUGCGCAACCGUAAACGGUUCUUCAGUGUGGAGAAUGCGAUCGCUCCGUACAUGGAAGAAAACCUGCGUACACUGCAGCUGCCGGAUCAUAUACUUCGGCUGACUGUACACAAUCGUCAGAAGCUAAUCAUACAAACACUAAGAAGUCACAAAGAAAGCUUUAAGCAUUUAAAAAAGAUCGAUGGUACUACCGUGCGAAGGUUUUGGACGCUAAGAUACAGCUUGCCACCGGAGUUAGAGUUAUCGGAUGUGCCCCAGGAUAACAUCAUAACUGAGCAAAGCCUGAAAGACCUGGGAUUGAAUGAUCGCAGUGUACGCUUUCUUCCUCGCGGUUGGAUAGAACGAAGCUUAGUGAACGACGUGGAAUGUCGUGAAUUAAUGCAGGGGCUAAAGUAUGCUAUUGAUUCACCGUCCUCAAAUGAUUUCGUUCGAUCGAGCGAUACGGACAGUUCGCAAGAGAGCGAAUUCAGCUCAUCCAGCCCAACGCCAGAUCUAGGACAGGAAGUGGAGGGUGCACCGAACGAUGUAAAAAAGAGGCGAAACAAAAAAUCCAACAAAACGCGCGGCCGGAAGGCGACGUUAUUCGGGAGGAAUGGUAAUCAAACCGUGACUCAGAAAAACGUUCCUAUCCAGUUGCCGCCGCUCGAUGAGUUGAUUCCUUGGCUAGAGAACUUCAGCGGCACGAAUAAUCCUUUUCACCCUUUGUAUAACCAAAAACACACCCAUGAGGCUCCUGCGAGCGUGUCUGAUGUAACCAAACCGUGCAGUAGCUGUACGCUUCCCCUUCCUUCUGGAGCAAAGAGACGCAAGUGCUAUAGGAAACCGAUUGAAUAUCAUUUGCAUCAUGAUGCUACGAAGAAGGAGACAAGCAAGCCAGACAGAGCCUCCAUUGUAACGAGUGCUUACACGUCCACAAAACUAAACAAUGACUCAGGUAGUUGUCAGGCAACAGCAUUAGUCACUCGGCGGAUCGCCCGGUCCCACAAGCACAAGCUCCGUGAAAGGACAACAAAAAUCAAUUAUUCGCUUACGCGCACCUACAAAAGGCGCGAAUCGUCAGUAGGUGCAGAGGGGGCAACCACUAAAAACAGUCAACCAUUAAAAAGGCGACAGUCAGUAUGCGGCAACAAUAGCACAAUCACAGAGCCCCCGAAUUGUAAAACGGUCAAGAGGCGAGUGUCAGUGUGCGCAGAUGUGUUAAGAAGCAACCAUCAAUCCAUUCAUUCGCACCUGAGCCCGAUUUUGGCCGACAGACGAUCAAAGGGUGACAUUUUGGCUAACGACAUCCCAAUCCAUGAACUAGCCUAUUCGCUAACACGCAACAGCAAAAGGUGCCGGUCAUCAGUGUUCGAAGAAGACGCAACCAGCAAUCUCGAUGCCGGGGAUUCCCAGGUCAGCAAAAAAAGGCGUCAAUCAGUGUGCGAGACUAUGAGCAAUGAUAAAACCGCACAGUCCCUAAAGCCCGAGAAGUACAAAAGGCGGAUGUCAGCCUGCGAUGAAAUGCUAAGACGCAACAGUGAGACGAACGCGUCACAAGUGCUCAUCUUCACGCAGGGAAAUGUAAAGGCUGAAAGGUUGCAUUCAAAACACUUCAAUCCAAGCAUUGCCAGAACGAUCAUGAUAGGUAAACGAACAUUUCCAAACGGAGAAGUCCAACACCUUGUCAGCCAAAAAAGGAUGGCAUGAGGCUGACGGUUUAAAGGGGAGCGGCAUAGUAUUCCAGGAAUUGGCUUUGCAAUUGCUAGUGUGAUUAACUGGAGUGCGAUUGUAUUCUGGUUUAGAGUAGUCAACGAAUCACCCCUCACACCUGGUGGUGGAACGAAAGUGUUUAUUUAAUUUGCAUACCGCUUUGUCUGCUCAGCAUAUUUAAGAACUGUGUGUGCAGACUGAAAAGCAGGAAAAAGAGCUAGAGCCGUUACGAACAAUAAUGCUGGCGCAUUGGCAUCGAAUGAACACUGUGAUUAAACGGAAUGCAAAUGUUGUUCUGGAUAAAAAAUAAACACCCAUCAGGCAGACGUGCACACUGCCAUCGCUGCAUUGAUUCAUUUAACCGAUAUUUGAAUCAAAAGGGGGGAAAAAAACUCUCGUUCAGAACGAAGCUGUUUAAAUAAUUUGAAUACUCAUUGCGUGCUUGAAAUGCGAUAGGAGGAUGAAGCGAGAAAAAAAACAAAAGCAACCAAUGCACGCACGUUGAGAAGCUCGAAAACUCGUGCCCAGUGCAGAUUGAAGGUUCAAAAUUGAAGAACUAACCGUUUUCGAUGUGGAAAAUUUGCCGGGGGGGGCGUUUUAGGGGAGUAUUUCAUGCAGGGCGUGAUAACCUGAUACGGCUACCAAUCUAUCGUAAGAGCUCUAAAUUUAAGUAAUAGAAAUGUGGAUGGGGAUUAGCAAAAAGACACGCGUCAUGCAAUUGAUUCACGCAAGAAGAAUCCUGAUAAUGACAUCUCGAUUGAAAUCCGGAUAUGGUUCCUAUGUUCAUUUCACACCAUUAGUACAAAAUGACUGAGUAGCCCAUUUGAACUGGACUUAUUUAUAAGGAUAACCCGCAAAAACAUAAAACAAAAACCAAUGCGCCAAAGCAGGGAGCGAGCCUGAAUCCGGAGGUGGGAUAGAGUCGGGUUUUUUUUUUCUUUCUUUCUUUGGAGUAUCGCACUUAUCACUUGGUCCAACCAUGACUGUUCCUACAGCCCACUGCCAACGCGAUGUGAUACAAUGUGAUAGUCAGAUGCAAACCAAAAACAAGGAAAACCCUAGUACCAAUGAACUUAGUUUAAAAGGAAACAGCGAACGGCACGCACGAAGAUGUAGCACCACCAAACCCACAGAUACAGGGACUUUCGCCAAUCACCACAAUGUUUUCAAAAGAGGGGAAGAAAAAGAAGAAGGGAAAAUGGCUUUCAUCUUGGCUUUUGUUUUCUUUUCUUUUUUUCUUUAAGUUUUUCAUUUUCAUCAAAGCGGUUCAUUUUCAUUUAGGGCAAGUUUUAGAGGUGUAUAAAUGUAAUUGUUCGAAGGUAAUUUGCUUUUUUUCUUCGACUUUUACCUUUACAAUUCAUCAAAAAGAAGAAAAAAACAAGUGUAGUGAUCUCUUAUCCUUAUGCGGAAAAAAAACGAUCAAACGAAUUCCUCGACAAACCUAUCCUGUUUCGCAUAUCUGCUCAUGGUAAGAGCGCUAUUUUCCCCCCCAUCAGCAUAGUUAGUUUCCGG